AAUAUGAUGAGGCAUCGUGUUAUUUGAUGAGAAGUUUGCCACGAGUGAAGAAGGAUUACUGCGAAGAAUCGGACUGGUAUUUUGAUUUUCUGGAUGCCUGCCAUCGAGACCCGCUAAAUCACUCUCUGCCUUUGUUCGUUGAUCCGGACUACAAGUUCAUUUCAAAAGCGUAUCGUGCUCGACAAAAAUUAAAAUCAUCUAAAACCGAACCAACAUCGAAAGCAGAAAUACCCGGAAUACCGACCACCAUAGAUGACUACGAGGAGGAAGAUAAGCCAGAAAAUCGUACGCAGGAACAUUUUAAAACAUUUCGAAGACAUGCAAUGCAUGAAACUGAACUGGAGAAACUGGUGGAUGCUGAGCCAAUCGAGUUGCGUCCCUAUCAACAAGAAUUGGUGGAAUCGGCUUGUCGUGGCAUUAAUACAAUCAUCUGCGCUCCCACUGAUGAAACUGAACUGGAGAAGCUGGUGGAUGCUGAGCCAAUUGAGUUACGCCCCUAUCAACAAGAAUUGGUAGAAUCGGCUUGUCGUGGCAUUAAUACAAUCAUCUGCGCUCCCACUGGUUCCGGAAAAACUGUUGUGGCUGCGCACAUUUUACUGGAGCAUUUUCGCGCAAUGAAAGCUGAGAACAAAAUGUGCCGAGCAGCAAUGGUAGUGCCAACAAUUCCACUGGUUGAGCAGCAGUGUACAAUGUUGAAUCGAUUUCUGCGUAAAGUGUUCUGGGUGGAAGGUAUGAGUGGCAGUGAUAUUGUGGACGAUAACGGACGUGCACCAUACGUUCUUGCAAGCCAUGUUACAGUAUUUACACCGCAAGUUCUCAUGUAAGU